AUGUAUAAGAUUUGUCGUCGCCGUUUGUUUCUAUUCCAAUUUGUGUUGCUCUUUCUGUGGUUGAUCCUCAUUGAAUGGCUACACCCAUGGCAGUUCAUCAGAUUCACCGAAUCGAAUCCGGAAUAUUCCGUUUCUCUUCAUCAACUUCGAAGACACCUUUUCGGCCAGAAUCAACUUCGUGCUGAUGGAGACGCCGCCGCCGCCGCUCACUCAAAUAAUACCACCGUAACCAGGGAUGUGGUAAGAGUGAAUAUCAGAGAAGAAAAGCGAGAAGAAGGACUCGCACGAGCAAGAGCUGCGAUGCGCAUAGCGGCAUUAACUGGAACAAAUCUCACAACACACGAUAACGACGACAUUCUCGCUGGAACUGUUUAUCGUAACCCUCGCUUAUUUCACCAGAGCUACUUGGAGAUGGAGAAGUUAUUCAAGGUAUACGUAUACCCUGAUGGGGACCUACCAAUUGUUCACGAUGCCCCCUGCAAGGACAUAUACUCGAUUGAAGGGAGGUUCCUCCACGAGAUGGAACAUGGGGUUGGGAGGUUUAGGACUAACGACCCCACUGCAGCUCACGUUUACUUUCUUCCAUUCAGCGUGACAUGGAUGGUCAAGUACUUCUAUAGUACACCACACUCUUACGACGUCACUCCUUUAAAGAAUUUUGUUUCUGACUACGUGAGAGUGAUAUCUACGAAGUAUCCCUUCUGGAAUAAAACUCAUGGUGCUGAUCACUUCAUGGUUGCUUGUCAUGAUUGGGGUCCUUAUGCAUCAGAGGGAAACCCUUUCCUCUACAACACCUCCAUCCGGGUCUUGUGCAAUGCCAACACUUCUGAAGGCUUCAACCCUCAAAAGGAUGUACCUCUGCCGGAAAUCCACCUCUAUGGAGGUGAAGUAUCCCCUAAACUCCUUUCACCUCCACCGGGCAACGCCACGCGCCGCUAUCUCGCCUUCUUUGCCGGUGGCAUGCACGGCCCAAUUCGCCCUAUCCUGCUCCACCACUGGAAUAACCGAGACAUUAAUGACGACAUGCGUGUGUACGAGUAUCUCCCCAAAGACCUAGACUAUUAUUCCUUCAUGCUGAACUCCAAGUUCUGCCUUUGCCCAAGUGGGUACGAAGUGGCUAGCCCGAGAAUCGUGGAGUCAAUUUAUGCCGAAUGCGUGCCCGUGAUCCUAUCAAAGAAUUAUACGCUUCCCUUCAGUGAUGUACUGCGAUGGGAGUCAUUUUCAGUGCAGGUGGAUGUUUCAGAUAUUCCAAGGCUGAAAGAGGUGCUUAGUGCAAUUCCAGAGAGCGAGUACCAGAAACUCAAGCAUGGAGUAAGGGCUGUGAGGAGACAUUUUACUCUGAAUCAACCGGCUAAGAGACUUGAUGUCUUUCACAUGAUCUUGCAUUCCAUAUGGCUCAGAAGAUUAGAUAUAGAUCUUAGAUAA